AAUGACAGGCAUCUCCACAGGCAGGCUGCAUCCACCUCGGCCGGGGUGUCGUCAUUGGCUGCCUAUUAGAAAAACGACAGGACAAUGCAUACCACCGAAGGCCGACUGUAAACAUAGGAGAUAUGUGUUCACUUAGCAUGGACUUCUGGGAGGGGCUAAGGAAGGGCGGUCUGGAGUUUUAUUGAAUAGAGCAGUGUGUAUUAGGCUGCCUGCCUGCCUGCCCUCUUGCUGUGCUCCUGCUUAAAGAAAUCAGUCCUUCCUUUCUGACUUAGUCCCGGGACGAAGUUACAGCCUACGAGGUAUCAGUAAAACAUUCCAAGAUCAUUCGGUUGGAUCCUGCAGGGAUUGCUGAUCAACCAGAAGGCUCAGAAGUGGACAUCUGACUCCUUACCUAUCCAGACAUUAUCUGGUCUCCUGAAUCCUGAAACCACACCAUGGAUGAUUUUGAACGUCGCAGAGAACUUAGGAGGCAAAAGAGGGAAGAGAUGCGCCUCGAAGCAGAAAGAAUCGCCUACCAGAGGAACGACGAUGAUGAGGAAGAGGCCGCCCGGGAACGGCGCCGCCGCGCCCGGCAGGAAAGGCUGCGGCAGAAGCAGGAGGAAGAAUCCUUGGGGCAGGUGACCGACCAGGUGGAGGUUAAUGCCCAGAACAGUGUGCCUGACGAGGAGGUCAAGACAACCACCACGAACACUCAGGUGGAAGGCGAUGAUGAGGCUGCAUUCCUGGAGCGCCUGGCUCGGCGGGAGGAGAGACGCCAAAAACGCCUUCAGGAAGCGCUGGAGAGGCAGAAGGAGUUCGACCCAACAAUAACAGAUGCAAGUUUGUCGCCACCAAGCAGAAGAAUGCAAAACAACACCGGGGAAAAUGAAACUGCAGAAAAGGAAGAGAAAAGUGAAAGUCGCCGAGAAAGAUAUGAGAUAGAGGAAACUGAAACAGUCACAAAGUCCUACCAGAGGAAUGAUUGGAGGGAUGCUGAAGAAAAAAAGAAAGAAGAAAAAGAAAAGGAGGAAGAGGAAGAAGAGAAGCCAAAGCAAGGGAGCAUUGAAGAAAAUCAGGUAGAGGUGAUGGUAGAAGAGAAAACAACAGAAACCCAAGAGGAAACAGUGGUAAUGUCAUUGAAAAAUGGGCAAAUCAGUGCAGAAGAGCCUAAAAUAGAGGAGGGGAAGGAACAAGGUUCAGAUGAGAUUACCCAUCAUGAAAAGAUGGAAGAGGCAGAAAGGGAAAGAGCUGAGGCAGAAAGGGCCAGAUUGGAAGCUGAAGAAAGAGAAAGAAUUAAAGCUGAGCAAGACCAAAAGAUAGCAGAGGAGAGAGCAAGGAUUGAAGCAGAAGAAAUAGCAGCUGCACAAGAGAGAGAAAGAAGGGAGGCAGAGGAGAGGGAAAGAAGGGAGGCAGAGGAGAGGGAAAGAAGGGAGGCAGAGGAGAGGGAAAGAAAGGAGGCAGAGGAGAGAAAAAGAAGGGAGGCAGAGGAAAGGGAAAGAAAGGAGGCAGAGGAGAGAAAAAGAAAGGAGGCAGAGGAGAGAAAAAGAAAGGAGGCAGAGGAGAGAAAAAGAAGGGAGGCAGAGGAGAGGGAAAGAAUUAAGGAGGAAGAGAGAAGAGCAGCAGAGGAGAGGCAGAGGGCAAAGGCAGAGGAAGAAGAGAAAGCUAAGAUAGAAGAACAGAAAGUUAAGAAGCAGCUAGAAGAGAAAAGAAGUGGUUUGCAAGAGAAAAAGAUAAAAGGGGGGAAGGUAGAAGAGAAAAUGGAAGGGAAAUGGGUAAAUGAAAAGAAAGCACAAGAAGAUAAACUUCAGACAGCUGUCCAAAAGAAACAGGAAGAAGAAAAGAGGGCUAAAGUGCAAACUAAAAGAGAAAAGGCCCAAGAAGACAAGCCUGCCUUCAAAAAAGAAGAGAUCAAAGAUGAGAAGUUUAAAAAGGACAAAGAGCGCAAAGAAGAAGUUAAGAGCUUCUUGGAUGGAAAGAAGGGAUUUACAGAAGUGAAGUCACAGAAUGGGGAAUUCAUGACCCACAAACUUAAACACACCGAGAAUGUUUUCAGCCGCCCAGGAGCGAAGGUGGGUGAGGCCAAGGAGGCUGAAGGCGCUUCCCAAGUGGAAGCCGGCAAGCGCCUGGAGGAGCUUCGCCGCCGCCGCGGGGAAACCGAGAGCGAAGAGUUCGAGAAGCUCAAACAGAAGCAGCAGGAGGCCGCCUUGGAGCUGGAAGAGCUGAAGAAAAAGAGGGAGGAGCGAAGAAAGGUUCUGGAGGAGGAAGAGCAGAGGAGGAAGCAGGAGGAAGCAGAGCGAAAAGUCAGAGAGGAGGAAGAGAAGAGGAGGCUAAAGGAAGAGAUUGAAAGGCGAAGGGCAGAAGCUGCUGAGAAACGUCAGAAGAUGCCAGAAGAUGGACUAUCAGAGGAUAAGAAGCCAUUCAAAUGUUUCACUCCCAAAGGUUCAUCUCUCAAGAUAGAAGAGCGAGCAGAAUUUUUGAAUAAGUCUGUGCAGAAAAGCAGUGGUGUCAAAUCAACUCAUCAAGCAGCAGUGGUCUCCAAAAUUGACAGCAGACUGGAGCAAUACACCAGUGCAAUUGAGGGAACAAAAACUGCAAAACCUACGAAGCCUGCAGCCUCGGAUCUUCCUGUCCCCGCCGAAGGCGUGCGCAAUAUCAAGAGCAUGUGGGAGAAGGGGAAUGUGUUUUCGCCCCCUGCUGCUUCAGGCACACCAAAUAAGGAAACUGCUGGCUUGAAGGUGGGAGUUUCCAGCCGCAUCAAUGAAUGGCUGACCAAAACCCCAGAUGGAAACAAAUCACCUGCUCCCAAACCUUCUGAUUUGAGGCCAGGAGACGUAUCUGGCAAGCGGAACCUCUGGGAAAAGCAAUCUGUGGAUAAGGUCACUUCCCCCACUAAGCAGGUUUGAGAUGGUUCAAGAAAGAAUCCAAAGGAGCCGCUCAAGAUGCUGGACCAGCUCACCAAAGGGGGCUAAUUUGCUCUGUUUUAUAUUUAUGUUGAUUUACUAAAUUGAGUUCAUUUCCUUUUGUUUUAUUUUUCAUUAUCCCAGUAAACCUAUGUAUAUUAUCACUAUAUUUAAUAAUCACAGUCUAGAGAUGUUCAUGGUAAAAGUACUGCCUUUGCACAGGAGCCUGUUUCUAAAGAAACCCAUGCUGUGAAAUAGAGACUUUUCUACUGAUCAUCAAAACUCUGUGUCUGAACGGUGAUACCAGCCAUAUCGGAAGUCAACAAAAGGAGAUUCAAGUUGAAAAUUGCCUGAGGAGUGUGUGCAGUAUCCAGAAAAACAAACCAUCGUGGGUUUUUUUAAAUACAGAAGUCAUGUUGUUUCUGCACUUUAGAAUAAAGCAUGGAAGAAACUAUCUUCGUAGGCAAUUGUAACACUUUCUGAAAGUAAUCCAUUUCAGAUGAGAUACUGCAAUAAUGAUUGUCUUAAAAAAAAAUAUGUACUGUUAAGGUAUUACUUUUUUCAUGCUGAUGAAUAUCUAAAUUGGAUUAUGAUGUUAGCUGACAGUGGUAGUGCGUUCUUUAGGUUGGUUGCUUUGUGGAUUUCUUUGGUAGUGAUAGUGAACCACAUUUUAGAUGACCUGAUCAUGUAUGUAUGUGCAUACACGUAUACAAACACACGAAUGGUAGAAAGCUUUUUUAUGUGCUAGACUAUUAUAUUUAGCAAUAUGACGUUGUAACUAGCCAAUAUCACAGCUUUUUAAAAAUUAAAGAUCACAAUAUUAUAUUAAUAUUUCAUAUUUGCCAAUAGAGACAUGGCAGAAUAGGUAUCGAUAUGUUUCCAAUGCCCGAUAGAUAACCUGUAAGAAAAAAGAGAGAUUAGUUGCGUCAAAAUGAGUUGACAUUUUCUAUAAAACAUAGUAUUUAGUUUAUAAUUAAAGGCAAUCUUGAAGUCCAGCAUGAAUUUUACUAAAUCUACCGUCUAUCUGGGUCAAACCGAAAGCUUGCUCAAAACUUUAUUCUUAACAAUCAAGUUCACAGUAGGCUGGCUUAGAUGAUAUCCGAGAUCUUUUCCUUCUCUAAAAUUUAAAGACAAGAAUUUUAGUGACAAGACUGUACAGAUUGGAAUUCCAUGUAUGGGUAUACAAAGACCAACUUUGGCUAAUGUCUGGAAGCAGAGAAAAGUGUGCAAAAUCCAGUAUCUAGGAGUCAUGACAAUACUUCCCUCUUUGAUAUACUGAAACAUUUUUUAAAUUAAACUUUUGUACUUUCAUUAGUCAUUGAUACUUGUCAUAAGUUGAUAAUGUGUUGAACUUUCAAAAAAUAUAUGUAACUUUUACUAGUUUUACUUUUUCCGCCGAGAGUCUUUAUCGACUCCUCAUUUUUACACACACAAGCCAAAUACCAGAUCUUAUUUUAGCUUCUAAGUGUUCAUCUAUUCUUCACAAUAGAUGAUAAGAGUGUUCCAGUGUCUUGGCAAUGUGUUCUAGCAUAGAGAUAUACAUAGAGUGUAGUUAUAUAAACUUAUACCUCAUUUGACUUAACCAAAAUUGUCUUACUCUCAAUUCCUACCACAAUGAGAGAGCCUUCUAAAUGACUAUUUUCUAAUCUACAGUAUUCCCCUGGAAGAGCUAGUCAGGGCAGGGCUGGCCUGAGGAGUGACCACUGCCUUCCAAAGUCUAUUUUCCUCAUAAAUCAGUAAAGAGUAGUUGAAUUCUCUAGCUUUUAGCACACUUGGGCCAAAGGAAGGAAAGCCGCCAAGAUUGCACAAGUCAUCCACCCAUGACAGAGCAGACAUGAGUCUAUGAUAAGGUGAACUAGAAUUCAUAUGCAGUGCCCCAUUUCACAUCGACUCACAUCAUUGAAGUGAAAUGGAUCGAAGUUUGAAUUAAGGCCUAUGGCGAGGUAACAUUGCUUUGUUGUGCUUUUGAAUAAGAGCUUCUCCUGAUCACUAUUAUAUAUUUUUUCUAGAAAGUCUAAAGUUAAGAGAAUAUAUCAAUCCUGGCUUUUAUUCCAAUAUUUGGAUGGAAUAAGUUUUAGGGUAGAAUUUUGUUCAGUUUGGAUUUAAUCUUUUGAAAAAUAAAUUCCUUGUUUACUUGUUUGAUUACAAUUUUCUUUCUUAUCUUUAAGAGGUAAAACUGCAAGGUGACUAGCAUGUUCUGUGAAUCUGCCAUUCCUAAAAAUUUUAUAAACACUUGAUAUUUUUCACUGAUAAUUGAUCGCUGCAAUAAAUAUAUAUUGUGAAAAUGCAUCCACAAUAAAUGGAAUUCCUCCAAA